AUGGCAGGUCCGGCGGUGGGCAUCAUGGAGGCUUUGCGGCCCAAUUCUUUGGAGGAGCUCCAUGCUUCCAUUGCCAACGCAGGCAAGCAAAAGCGUCUACCCUCCAUCGUCCGUCAGCUUGAAGAGUUCGUUCAGCAGCAGCAGAUUUGUCAGGAGCGAUGUGUUUUACGACUCCGUGAAAGGGCAUCGCACGAGGCAGGCCUAGUUCCUUCGGGCAACCUGCCAGGAUCUUCAAGACCAAGCACCUCAACUGGUGACUCGCAGGAGGACGAUGCUCGAACCUUUGUCAGCCGUGCAGUCCAUCAGCGCUUUGCCGCCUUGGAUGGGCAGUGUUCCGCCUUGUGCGGCAGAAGGUUGGCUCAUUUGGUUGUGGGUUCUGCAGCGUGA